CGUGUUGCGUCAUUAACAUGCGCCGAUGGGACUGAGCCGACUGCUGUUUGUGUAGCAUUUACAUUUGCGUGAAUGGUGUGAAAUCGCCACGCAAUAGCCCGAUCGAUCACAGCAACACUCCUACCUAUUUGCACACUAUUUUUUCCCUAUAGGGUAGAUUGUCGUCAACUACCUGAGCCUCUGUGUUGCCACACGCACAGUGGAAUUUAUACGCUAGUGACAGACAGCUAGCUAGCUAAAGGUAGCGUUAGCUCAAAACAAAUCAAACCGUCUGCGGUGAAAGCUACCAAUCUACGGGGAAACGCAAAUAUAGUUAGCGGGGCGAGAGAUACUGCGUUAAGCUUCGUGAUGAGCGGGUUUGGUUACAGCAGGCUUCCUGGAUGUAUAAGGACACAACAACUGUGAACCACGGUCCUGCUGUGGACAUUCAACUAAAGCAUCCUCAGACAAAGUCAUGCUGUUAUAAGCGAGCUAGCAAUGGCGUCUCGCGACUUUGACAAGCUCCCAUGCGACACCGGGGACUUGGAGACCAUUUCGGGAUCCCUUUCUCAAAGUGCCCAGGCUGAAAUUACUGAGGAGCAUCUACCAGACAAGACAUCUUCCACUGUGAAAGCUCAGAAAUCUGGGAAAUUCAGAAGUGCGCUGACAUUCUUCGGCGUUCGCAAAAGCAUGUGUCUCUUACCCAGCUUUUUUGGAGGGAGGAGUAAAAACCAGAGCAAGUGGUCUUCGAAGAAAGGAAUCUACAAAAGCAAAACUCACGAUGGGUUGAGCCAAAUAUGUCACGAUGACAGCCUGAGAGGUGGAUCCACCUCGACUGUGGAUUUCCAGUAUCACAACCACGGUGACUGCACCGAAAGCCUUAACGGCAAUGAAUGCGGUCUCCCCAAUGAACAGAAAUCCCAAUCCCUCACGAGGCAAAGACGAGGUUUAAAAAGUUUUUUUAAUAGUUUUAAACACCCGAAAAACCAUAGAAAUGAUGUUUUGGAUAAAACUGAAAUGUUUGCAAUGUCUUCUCCUCACUGCCAUAAAGAGGUGCCUCUGGUCCAGGACAACCCUGACCAGUAUGCCACACAGUGCCUGGAAUCUGAACCAGAUGUGCCUGAUUUUGCAAAUGCUGUGUGCGAUAGUUCACCGGCACCGGAAUGUAAUGACACUGACGUUGAAGUGGCGACUUUAGAGAAGGAUUUGGAAGAAGAAAGCCCAAGGACUGAAUUCGACGAUCAGUUAUUUGUCGAUCAAACGGACAAAACAAACGUGACGACCGUGGUUUCCAGUGAAUACAAGGAGAGCGGCAGAGGACGUAGCGAGCCUUGUCUGUUACUUGAGACGGCGCUGAAGUCCGAAACGCCUGGCGGUUCCUCCGAUCAACUGAACAUGAUUUACAGCGAAGUGGCCUCGUUAAAGAGCUUCGAUUCGCUCACCGGCUGCGGGGACAUAACCGCGGAUCAAGAGGACGACAGCAUUACCGAGACGACGGUCUCGGGAGAACGGAGUAGAAAUGGAGGAAAGCGGGCCUCCUGCUUUCUCACUUACCAGGGAGGCGGUGAAGAAAUGGCCUCCCCCGAAGAUUUAGACGAACAGUGUCUCCAGGAUUUCUGGGGAAACGAUGCAUCUGAAGAACUCGACUGUCCUUGCAACCAAACCCACGAGGAUCUGACCGCCAGCAUGAUGCCUUCACACGAUGCCAGCGCACAGCAAGCCAGCAGCAUGAACACUUCAACAGAUGUGUUGACGCCUCACAGUGAGCAUCAAGAAUCAGUACCUAAUAGCGAUGAGGGCUACUACGAUUCAACCACCCCGGGUCCAGACGAAGGACAGGACAGAACAGACCGACUAAGACAGACAAACAGAUUACCCAGGGACAGCUACAGCGGGGAUGCUUUGUAUGAACUCUUUGCGACUGACGAGAGUCUCGUUAGUCCGCAUCAUGAAUGCAAGCCUAGACUGGCGAGUUCCAAACCGAGCGAGCAACUAGAUUCCACCUUCUCUGAGAGUAAUCGGUUACAAAGCGACGAUCAGUAUAAAGCGGAGGACAUCAUUGAGCUGCAAAACACAUGCAAGUCUUUCAAGUUGACGCAAAAUACUGUAGCCCUGCCAGAAAUGGACUGGAACUCAAACCCACAAGCAGCACUUAGCAAGAAAUUUGAGGCCAAACAGUUAGAUGAAAAGGGAAAUGCGCUCGCUUCCUCAAACACUAUAAAUGUUGACUGUGAAAACUUGUCAUUCAUGAGUGCAUCCGAAACAUCACGAGAUCCCAAAGAGCAACAUCCAGAGGAAAGCGAGUCCGUCGCAUUACCGUUCGGGACUUCUCCGUCUCUGGACCGUAACGGUUGUUUGGACGAUGGCCAAACCGUGUGCUUCUCCCAAGCUCUCGUAAACUAUGAGAAAAGCGCUCAGAUGCUGAGCAGCUUGCAGGGCGAACGCGACGACGUCUCGGAGACCAACGCCGACUUCACUCCGAAUAUGGAGGCCUUACCCACCAUCGUCACUUUCGAUGUGGUGGACAUGCAUAACGAGGGGGAAUACGAUGAGCAGAUUCACAUGGAACUGGAGGAGGACAUUUCGUCACCCUACCAGGAAUUUGAAGACAGCUACCUCCAAAAAGAUGCGUUCGCCGAAUGCGACUAUCAGAUGUUAGACCUUUACGAGCAGAGUCUGAUUGCUAACACCUGGGCCGUUGCUAGUCUCCCGCGGCACCUUGGCCUGACGAGAUUUAGCCAGUCCAUGUCCAAUCCCUUGUCCCUAGACAGGAGGAGUAGGUCUCUGGACACGGAAAGCCUUCAGUUGAAGAUGCCUGCUUCAUAUCGAGAUAGCAGAGCUGAAAGGGAUCCCGUAACAUAUUGUAAAAAGAAUGUACUCUUGUCCGCGUCAGAGUUUCGAGACGGCGGUAGCGCCAUGGCCUUGCCGUGGCUAAGUCGCUCCGAAGUGGCUUUAAGCCUUCCUCUGAGUGAUGAAGACAUAACUGAAACGGCCCAGAAAGAAAAAAUCUUUUCCGAUUUGUUCGGCACUGACAGUAAAUCCCACCUUUGUCCUGAUGUUUUUUCACAGGACCCUGAGCUCUACAGUCGGCCGUGCCACCUCCCCUUGCAAUCAGAUUCUUGUUUACCUCGUCGCGCCUUUGCUUAUUCGGGUAGAGAUACGGCUUACAGUGCUGGAGAGGACGCAUUUUGCAAAGCUGCUGAUUUGCAGUCUUAUAUCCAUUUUAGUAAAAGCGGACAGACAACGAGUAGGGAAAGAAUACCUUGUUCGGGAAGUUCUCUCAGGGCGGGCGUGCCUGCAGAUGAGCCACCUGUAGAUGUCUGUAGACAAGCCCUGCUCCCGGCGACAAACUCCCCAAAAUAGCCUUGAAAUUGAAAGGGUCUCAAUAAUCCAAUUGACAGGAAAAUAAUGUACCUUCGAGUGCUGUGUGCGUUUUACUUUUGAGUGAUAACUAUGGCUUACGCUAGCAAACAAUUCAUUUGGAAGUACCAAACAAAAAGCGAAUUCGGAAUUUGAAUACAGUCGAGCAGAAUUGAGGAUUUGCAGUUCACAGAAAUGAAUACAGGUAGUUCCCGGAUUACGAACGUGUUCUGUUUCUACCUGAAUUCCCGCGUAAAUCGGAAUAAACCCUUUAAGUACCCCUAAACACCCCCUAAGUAUCAAGUUAACUAUCCAAAAACAUGUAUUAUACAUCAUUGUACUGUCCUCGCCAAGACGCCAGAGCUGAUCCUGCAUUCGAGGAAGGUGGGAAGUUGGACUCAUCCCAUUGGGAUGGUACCAGUUGCGACUUCAAAGUGUUCCAACCAAACAUUUAUAGCACAGGUGUCAAACCGAUUUCAGAAAGGGCCAAUUGGGUGCAGGUUUGCUUUCCAACCAAUGAAGAGGACACCUUUUCACCAGUCAGAUCUUUUACAUGUGUAAUCAGUUAAACUUUGUCAGGUGCUGCUUGUUUCAGUAGGAAGUUCAUUGGUUAAACUCUGCACGGUAUCAGUUGGAACAAAAUCCAGCACCCACUUGGCCCUUUCUGGAAUCGGUUUGGCACCUGUGAUUUAUAGGUUUUCAUAUUUUAAUGAAGAUAAUAUGCAAACAAUGACAGGAGGAAAACUAAGUAAGUGAACCAUCACAUUUCAUAUUAUGUGGCCUCCUCUUUGGCAGCAAUAACUUCAACCAGAUGCUUCCUUUAGCUGCAGAUCAGUCUGACACAUCGAUCAGGACUAAUUCUUCUCUACAAAACUGCUGUAGUCCAGUCAGAUUCCUGGGAUGUUUGGCAUGUAUCGCUGUUUUAGGUCAGUAUCUCAAUGGGGUUCGAUUCUGGACUUUGACUUGGCCACUCCAGAACGUGUAUUUUGUUCCUCUGAAACCAUUCUGAAGUUAAUUUACUUCUGUGUUUUGGAUCAUUGUCUUGUUGCGGCAUCCAUCUUCUUUUUAGCCUCAACUGUCUGACAGACGGCCCCAGGUUUUCCCGCAAAACUUUUGAAUUUAUUCUUCCAUUCAUGAUUGCUAGUUGUCCAGGCCCUGAGGAAGCGAAACAGCCCUAAAUCAUGAUAAUCCCUCCACCAUGCUUCACAGUAGGGAUGAGGUGUCGAUGUUGGUGAGCUGUUCCAUUUUUCCUCCACACAUGACGUUAUGUGUUACUCCCAAACAAUUCAACUUUGGUUUCAUCGGUUCACAAAAUGUUUUGCCAAAAUUUCUGUGGAGUGUCCAAGCGCCUUUUUGUGAACAUUAAACGAGCAACAAUGUUUUUUUUGAGACAGAUGGUUUUGCAUCCUUUCCCAGCUUUAUACAAAUCAACAAUCCUCGAUCCAGGCAUGUGCCGGUAUGAGAUUCUGACGGCAUGAUAACCUUAAGCCAAAACAUCAUGGUAUUGCAAUUACACCUCUAAAAUAUGUUACUUUGAGAUAUCUAGCCGAAGUAUUCCCAUACCAGCGAUUUUGUUUUCUUCGAUGGGUGGAAAAAGUAAAGUUUCACCUACGACAGCGAUUGUGUAGCACAGCUGACUCACUGACACUGAGCAACAACCGUUGGUGUAGGGUGGAGCCUUGUAAGCGACGGAUUUGCAUUUUAGGACAUAAAAAAUAGCUAAUAAUUUAGGGACGGUAUGACACAAAAGUUUUGCGGUUUUAAAACCUUGACGUUUUCAUACCACGGUAUACCUUAAAACCGGUAAUCGGCACAUGUCAUUGUCUACCUUGAUCGCAGGUCUUCAGACAGCUCUUUUGACCGAGCCAUGAUGCACAUCAGACAAUGCUUCUCAUCAAGACAAGUCUUACCAGGUGUAUGUUUUAUAGUGGGUAGGGCAGCUUUAAACCACUCAUCCGUGAUUGGGAACAUACCUGACUUAAAAUGUUUGGUAAAAUUUAGUUUAUUUGCUCUUAAGUCUUCUUAGGAAGAGGUUCGCUUAUUUUUCCCCCUUCUGUCAUUGUUUGCAUGCCAGCCUUAUUAAAAUAUGAAAACCUACAAAUGUUUGGGUGGUUUUAGUUAAGCAGACACUGUUUUUACAUCUGUGUGAUUUUGACAAAGAUCACAUUUGUUGGUGAUUUUUUUUGCAGAAAUGUGAGAAAUUCCAAAAAGUUCAGACCCUUUUAUACCACUCUACAUAAGUCGGAUAGGUCGUAACCUGGGGACUACCUGUACUGUUAUCUUUUGCAACAACGACUUUUUGUUUCGCAAAACAAUCUCACGUUUCAUCUGUUACUGUGUGUUAUCUGACGGCUACUCAUUUGCCUGGUUUGCAUACAACACCGGUUGCCUCUUAAAUCUCUUGAUACUGUUUGUUUCUGUCUUGUAUGUAUAGGUAGCUUUUAAAGGCAACACUUAUGCCUAGUGAGAAUAAUUUAGUCAUUCACUUUGGUUUGCAGUAUUGUAAAACUCAUAGUUUUUGCACAUUCAGCUACCAUUAUUGUGGAAAGUGGCGGGAUAAAGCUGUUUUGUUUGCAUAGCACAUGAGUGGAAGGCAGUUUGUAUAGUGCAAAAGCUUAAGACUGGCAAUUUAUGCAUAUUUUUGCAUUACAAGGAAUGGUGUGUGUGUAUUAUUAUGUGAAUUCCAUGUUUUAUUGGAUUAUCUAGUUUUUUUUAGUGUCAAGGAAUGUUUUGUAUUUAUAUUCUCAGUUGUUUGUACCUAGUGGGACUGUAUUGAAAAUGUCACUUGUCAAUAUUCCUUCAAUUGUAUCUGUUAUUUUUUGGAAAAUGUUUUGUCAAUGUGAACAUUGCCUUAAAGUAAAUGAAAAAGGACUAACCUGUAUUUGCCUUUUCAUUUUCCUGUUAAGGGUAU